UAGUCCAAGGUGUCAAGCAUCUGGCAGGGACAGAUGUGAACUCAGUCUCUGAGAAGAAGGCUAGAGCCGAAAACUGUGUUCAGCGUGAACGCCUGCACAACAGACUGUUAAAGGCUGAAGGGGAGAUCCAGGAGCUGAAGAUAGAGAUCGCAAACCAGAGAGCAUCAUGGGAGAUGCGGUUUGUGGAGCUGCGAAGGAGACAACGUGAUCUGAGAGACCAGUUGAGCGCUGAGGUUCUGGUGAGGACUGGAUUGCUGUACAGAGACAGCGAUUCAGAUGAUACAAACGAGGUCUUUGUAGAGUCCGGGUUGGAGAACGGACUGGAUUCUGAGGAGAAGGAACAUGAAUGUUCUA